UGUAAUGAAAUUUAUUCAAUAUUUUAUAUUUUUUAACAAAUAAAAAAACGAAAAGUGGGGCGUGCAAUAUUAUUCGGCCCCUUUACUUUCCGUGCAGCAAACUCACUCCAGAAGUUCAAUGAGGACCUCUGAAUGAUCCAAUGUUGACUGAUGAUGAUAAAUAGAAUCCACCUGUGUGUAAUCCAGUCUCCGUAUAAAUGUACCUGCUCUGUGAUAGUGUCAGGGUUCUGUUUAAAGUGCAGAGAGCAUCAUGAAGACCAAGGAACACACCAGGCAGCUUCGAGAUACUGUUGUGGAUAAGUUUAAAGCAGGAUUUGGAAGCUGACAUACUAUCCUUCUGUAAUUUACCCUGACAUUGUGAACUAUUUUAUCUUCACUCCAAGUGUUUAUACCAUGGAUGACAUGAAAGCUUACAAGAACAUGGAUGCAUACAAUCAGUUUGUGUGUGGCUGGGUUGCCGAUAUGGGAGCUGUUAUCAGAAAUGGAUACCACCUCGUCAGUGGAAAGGUUCUUCAUUCCCAAGCAUUGCGAGAAAUGCCCCUUUGGCCUUGGGUGAUUGCUGAACAAAGUGGGAAAAUUGUUGCUGUACAUUGCAACUGCAAGGUUGGCCUGGGAGAAGCUUGUUCACAUGUUGCUGCACUGCUGUUUGGGGUUGAAGCCAACAUCAGGAUACAGGAGUCAAAGACUGUCACACGGGAAAGCAUACUGGAAUCUGCCAACACCUCCUCAAAAGUAGUCAAUACAAAAUAAAAAAAAGAAUCCCUACCUACCGAUCCUAGUUUUCUUUGUCUAUGUUACCGGAAACACAACAUUUUUAUUUGGCCUUAUCACAAUGUUUUGACCAUAUAAAUGUGCUGUUCCCAAUGUUAUGUAACUGCGAAAACCAAUUGUACUUCAAAAUUGUCUCAUUCUCCAUCUAACAUGUCACUGUUCUGUACCCUGAAAAUUGUAUUUAGUUCUACUGGUAACAGUUACCCACUGUAUUUCAAACAAAUAUUUCCGUUUCUAUAUGUGUGUGUUUACAGAUUUACAUGAAAUGCAUUUCCAAUGUAACAGAUUUAUUAAGUGUCAUAACCAGAACGCUAGGGCGGACCCAAAUGCACAACUCAGUAGACGUGUGUACGAUCUGGCAAAGACAGACCGUCCGCUGGGUCCUAUAUAUACUAUGGUUCAUUAUCACUGAUGAGAUGCUGGAGUGCAGGGGACCUGCACCGCCAGGGCUGGGUAAGGCAGGACCAUGACAUUAGGGAACACAUUUUAUUUCAAUUUGCUGUGCAGAGGAAAUGUUCCACAAGUGUGCUGGCUUGCCUGAAACAAUAAUCAUAAACAAAAUGUUAUAUUUAUUUUUUGUUUGGCCCACUUACUUAAUAAAACAGAACACAUCAUAUUCAAAUUUUAAUAAGUUGUUGAAAGGAUGCUGAUGUUAAAACAAGUCCCGACACCUAAAAUAUUUCAUAAUUUAAUGGAUAGGUUUCCAAUUACGCCAUCUUGUGUGUCAUAGAGGUCGGAGAACACAGAUGAUGGGUGAAGCAUGAAGUUUUUUUCUGUUUAUUUAUAUAUUUACAUUAUUUAUAUUUUGUCUAUUUAUCCAAUUGGUCUAAGGGUGGUGGUGAUGUCAUUGGAAACCAAUCUAUCCAUGUAACUCAGUACAGUAUGAAGACUAUUUUACUUGUAUUGCCCUUUCAUUAUUUGCUUAAAUCUGACCUUAUACAUUUAAUCAACGGAUAAAGUGUUGCCCAUUUGCUAAUCAGACAAGUAGUUGUUGUGGAGCCAGUGAUUGUCCUUGAUCUUUGUACGCAGAAAACCGGCUGGCGCCAUACUCCUCUCCCAGGCGUUGCCAUGGAGACGGACGACAUCAGAUAAGGAGCGGAAAGUUACCCUCCCAGCCACUUCUACCAUGGACCCAUACAUAUAAAAAUCUUGUGUUACUGGGCAGCUUUUGUCUUCUUCUUUGGCUAUCCUGCCAGAAGACACACAUCUCGUGUGCGGCAGAUACCAAGAUAAGAUCCGGACGUCUGUACUGCACAUUCCUUUGUAAUAAAUCCAUUUGCUGAUAAUUUUUUCUAAUCAUUGGUCAUAUCUUCCUCAAUUCGUGAACACCUGCAAAUCCCUAUAAGUAUCAAACAAUAACCAUAUUAUUCAGAGCACACUAGAAAAAAGGUUUCAGAACAGUAUUCAUUUAACAUGAUUAUAAGUGGAAGCAUGUUUCUGUUUAGUAUCAGUUUCAAUGUUCACAUGUUCCAAGUGCCAACAAACCAUGCAGCCAUACAUGACCUACCAUUGUCUGGUCUUGCACAUCUAGGUCACCUAAAUUUAUCAAUUAACUGGCAAAAAACAGUUCCCAGUGACAAAAUGAUCUGAGCAGACAUGAUACUGGGACAGAUUAGCAGUGUUUACAUCUGCUCUGGACAAUCCUGCCAGCGAAUCUCUUUGACGUUGAGAAGAACGUUUUUCAGUUUGUUCUCCCUGCCUUUUUAUAACAGCUGGAAUCCUGACUUGUCUCCUGACUUGUUUACGUUGGGCCCUGCUCUGUUGGAGCAGCCAACUGUUAGGAAUAGUAGUUUUCAACCCCUUUUCAAUGGUUUGUUUCAGUAGCGUAUGUGGAAGCGUGGGUAUGUUAUGUGGAGAGCUGUCACUAAAUACAAGCACUACUGAGUAUUCAAAGCUGUCUCACGUAAUUUUUGUUGACACAGGCACAAACAUGGUGUCAGGAGUGGCUAGAACAAGAGACAAUACCGUGGAUUAAUACGGCGUUUCACCGCAGGACGCAAAAAAUGAAAAGUAAAAAAUGCAACGACGAAGCAGCAGAAGGAAUUAGCAACGGGCCAAGCUGGAGACGUGAACAUUCCACCUCCAAAGGAGAUGAAGAUGGCUGGCGAUUUGGCUAUUAACUGGGACAACUUCAGAGCAGAAUUAACCAUAUCUGGAGGUUGGUUGGUUUGUGCAAGUUCGAAAAAUAAUGUGGUCACUUGUGCGUGGAGCUACGGCCGCCGGUACACUUGUCUUCCAACAUGGUGCGAGCCCGGAAAUCACCUGAUUGUGACGCCAUGUCACUGGCCUCUAUGCAAGGCUUCUUGAUAGUCACGGUCCUUUGCAGGGAGCCUUUUUUGGUUUACCAAAUUUUAAUCCUACAAAAAACCCAGUCAUAAUCCAACCUGUAAACCAAUGGUUCUCCACACGUUUUGGGAGUACCAAGAUGGCGGCGAACCGGCUUUAACCAAUCGACAUACCACUCGAUGUGUAUGCGCUAUCCAAUCUUUUUUUGUUGUUGUUUUUAAAUCAGUGGGUGUACCUGCCUCGUGCCCGAUGACAGCUGGGAUUGGCUCCAGCACUCCCGCUACCCUCGUGAGGAUAAGCGGAUCAGAGAAUGACCGGAUGGUUGGGUGACUUGGUUAAACAAAAAAAAAAAAGAAAAGUAAAAACCGACCUCUUACAUUUCCGCUUGCGUGGUUGAAAAAUCUCGCGACAAGUUACGGCAGUGAGUAACGUGCCACAGAUUGUCAUGGGUAGAGCAGACACGCCCUUCUCUAUCUUUUGACGAGUAUGGCGGAGAGCGUUUCGUCGGGUGAAUUCUCGAGCUCUCUGACGAGCUCCGCUAAGAUUCCUCCGCCGAGGACUCGCAUCUUCAAAAUCAUCGUGAUCGGGGACUCGGGGGUAGGGAAGACGUGCCUGACGUACCGCUUCUGCGCCGGUAAAUUCCCCGAGAAGACCGAGGCCACGAUCGGGGUGGACUUCAGAGAGAAGCUAGUCGACAUUGACGGCGAGAAGCUCAAGAUUCAGCUGUGGGACACAGCAGGCCAGGAGCGCUUCAGGAAGUCUAUGGUGCAACACUACUACCGCAAUGUCCAUGCUGUAGUCUUCAUCUAUGACGUUACCAAUGCUGGCAGCUUCAGCAGCCUGCCUGCUUGGAUUGAGGAGUGCAAGCAGCAUGCUUUGGGCACAGAGGUGCCCAGGAUCCUUGUUGGAAACAAGUGCGACCUUCGAGACUCCAUCCAAGUCAGAACAGACGUGGCGCAGCAAUUUGCGGACUCACACUCUAUGCCACUGUUUGAGACCUCCGCGAAGAACCCAAACAGCCAGGGUGGCAUGAGCUCUGGCAGUAGUGACCACGUUGAGGCUAUUUUCAUGACGGUGGCUCACAAGCUUAAGUCUCAGAAGCCUCUGGUGUUGAGCCAGCCUCCUGCAGGAUCAGGAGGGAGCAUCAAAUUAAGCAGCAGGGGGGAUGCCACUGAUGGGUCACGGGGCUGGGCCUGCAGUAGCUGCUGAAUGGUGGAGACACAUGAGGACACCACUAAAUUGUGAAGAUAUACAGACAGAUUCACAGUCACAAUAAUGACAUCAUUAAUCAGUGUCAAUUGUUUGCUUUGUCGCUGAUUGUUUUGUCUUGGAAUGAAAAUGAGAUAGAGUUUGAUGCAACAGUAUAAUAAUACAUCAGUUAAUCCUGGGUUAUUAUUCUUUGGCUGCAAACAAAAAGCUUUGCAGCAUUAAUAUAGAAUUUGAAAUGCACCUAGGAUUCACAGGACAAUGGUUGAAAUUUAAAAUCUAGGCAUGAUAGAUUGUAAGAUGCAUUUUUUUUUAAUUCACAAUAAAAUACCUCAGUUCUUGAGAACUGAUUUCACACGAGUAACGGUACAUGCUGUCAAAAACAAAAAUACACUCUGUUAUGUAUUCAAGGUAGAGAAUACAGUUGUCAAUUCAUUUGUGAAAUUUGAAUGUAGCCUUGGGUCUCUGCGUCAAGAAAUGUCCUGAGCUUCCUAAACUUAAUGGGUGUACUUAGUUUGACCGCAAGAGUGCAAAAUUACUGUGAAAAGUAUUCCAAAGCUACGACAUUGCUAGCAUGACUUAUUCAUGAUGAAGUUUGGAGUAUUUUGGGAAAUAUACAGUCAUUCAAAUAAUAAAAGAAAAGUAUUCAAUUUACUUGAUUACUUGGUGAGAAAGGUGAUGUCCACACCAUAAAUAUCUGUCCGCGUAAAGGAUACCACUGUUGGGUAUCUUUAUCCUCGAUUUGUCUCAAGAGCUCUCCUGUUCGUUUUUAACAUUUGUUGUUCACCCUAUUCAUCAUCCUACAGUCUCUAAUCAGCUGUUCUUGUAACGAACAUUACAUUAAUUACAUAGGAUGCAUCAAAUGGGGCUGGGCAGUGUAAGAGCAAGAAUGAUAUUAAUAAAACUGUUUUAUGCUGUAGUCCAGUAAAGGAUUUCAGCAUGUAUCUUUUUGAGUCAUGUUUUUAACCUUAUGUAAAUCUCAGCAUAUCACAGUUUACAAAGGUUGAUAAAUCACUGGCUUGCAUUUCCAUGAUGGCAUCUAAAGUCAGGAUGGCAAUAUCAAUGAACAGAAGAAACAAAAUCUACAAAGAAAUGUAUUGUUAAAGGAAACAAAAGAGAAAAAUAAACAACCUCCAGUGGUGUUUGGAAUUUUGCUGUUGCUUUAAGCCAAUGUUAUGUGCUUGCAUUUGUUACUCCAAAAAAGGUGCCAAAAGUGUUUGUACCUUGUCUGGUCUUUGGCAUAUUAUAUUUUGAAAAUAGACCUACAGUGAAGAAAAUGAGUAUUUGAAAACCCUGCUAUAUUGCAAGCAUGGAGGGGUCUGAAAUUUUCAUAGUAGGUGCAUGUCCACUGUGAGAGAUAUAAUCUACAAAGAAAAAUCCAGAAAUUACAAUGUAUGAUUUUUUUUCUUUACCGAUUUGUGUGAUACAGUUGCAAAUAAGGAUUUGAACACCUGUCUUGUCAGUGACAAUUUUGACUCAAAGACCUGUUAGGUCUUAGAUUGGAUUGGCCGGUAAAUUCCCCGAGGUAGACCUUUAAAAGUCUACCUCCAAUGCAUGGAUUAUCCUGAAUCAGAUGCACCUGUGUUAGGUCGUUAGCUGCAUAAAGACACCUGUGCACCCCAUACAAUCAGUGAGACUCAAUCUAGUAACAUGUCCAAGACCAAAAAGGUGUCCAAAGACACCAGAUAAAAAAUUAUACAACUCCACAUAGAUGGAAAGGGCUACGGAGAAAUUGCCAAGCAGCUUGGUUAAAAAAAAAAAAAAAAAAAAAAAAAAAAAGGUCCACUGUUGGAGCAAUCAUUAGAAAAUGGAGAAAGCUAAACAUGACGGUCAUUCUCAAUCGGAGUGGAGCCCCAUGCAAGAUAUCACCUCGUGUGGUUUCAAUGAUCCCUAGAAAGGUAGGAAUCAACCCAGGACUACACGACAGGACUUGGUCAAUGACCUGAAAAGAGCUGGCACCACCGUUUCCAAGGUGUCUGUUGAUAAUACACAAAUACGUCAUGGUUUGAACUCAAGGAUGACACGAAAGGGUCCCCUGCUUAAACCAAUACAUGUCAAUGCCUGUCUUAAGUUUGCCAAUGACGAUUUUGAUGAUACAGAGGAGUCAUGGGUGAUUGUUUUGUGUUCAGAUGAGACCAAAAUUGAACUUUUUGGUCACAAUUCCACUCACUGUGUUUGGAGGAAGACGAAUGAUUAGUUCCAUCCCCAAAACACCAUCCCUAAUGUGAAGCAUGGGUGUAGUAGGAUCAUGCUUUGGGGGUGUUUUUCUGCACAAGGGACAGGAAGGACUGCACUGUACUCUGUGUUUCUCAGCGACAGGCCAGAAACCUGUCUGCUCUAGAGAAGAUCUGUUUGGAGGACUGGGCCAAAAUCCCUCCUGCAGUGUGUGCAAACCCGGUGAACAACUCCAGGAAACGUUUGACCUCUGUAAUUGCAAACAAAGCCUACUGGACCAAAUAUUAACAUUGGUUUUCUCAGGUGUUCAAAUACUUAUUUGCAGCUGUAUCACACAAAUAAAUCGUUAAAAAAUCAUACAUUGUGAUUUCUGGAUUUUUCUUCUUAGAUUAUCUCACUCAGUGAACAUGAACCUAUGAUGAAAAUUUCAGACCCCUCCAUGAUAUCUAAAUGGGAGAACUUGCAAUAUAGCAGGGUGUUCAAAUACUUAUUUUGUUUACUGUAAACCCAAAAAGGUUAUAUAUCGAAAAGGACUUUAAUUUCUAGUGGAAAUGAGCCUUAAGUUUCAGAAGUAAUGCUCUUAACAGACCAGAGGCUGGUGUCUACAACCAAAGUUAUUUUACGUUACUGUUCUGUGUGGCCAAAG